AUGGGCGUAAAGGUUGAAGUUCAGUUUAUUCGCGGUAUUCCAUCUGACAGCGAGGAUUCGGAACUAUCAGAUGACGAGGAUCAAGUGGAAAUACCAAUAUCAACGAAUGAUUUGGGCACGGAAGACUUGCAAGAUGCAGAUUCAGACCCAGAUGAUAUUCCCCUAGCACAACUAUUUCGCCUUCCACCUAAUACCAGGUUUUUCUUCUCAAAAACCGACGAUAGUAUAUCUUGGAAGCAGUCAACAACUACGAGAGAUCCUCAAGAAAAUACAUUUCUUGGUCAAAGUGAUCUUCCAGAAGACAUCUUACAGAUACAUGGUGCAUACAGUUUCUUCAAAUUUUUCUUCACGGAUCAAUUUCUUGCACAAGUUGUAGAACAAACGUGCUUGUAUAGUGCACAGAAAAGGCCUAACAAACCAAUAACCACAGAUAUAAAAGAAAUAGAGCAGUUCUUAGGAAUAAUCAUAUGGAUGUCUCUAGUAAGACAACAUUCCACUAGGAGACACUGGGCUGCUGGUACUAGGAUACCUCAAAUUGCAGAUGUGAUGCCUAUCAAUAGGUUUGAAGAGCUUAAACGCUUCAUUCAUUUUUCGGAUAAUAAUUCUGCUACUAAAAAUACAGAUAAAAUCGAGCAAGUCCUAAAUCAGAUAAGAACUGCUUGCCAAAAAAUUCCGUUCGAGGAGCACUUAUCUUGCGAUGAACAAAUAAUUCCCUUUAAGGGAAUAAUUUCACUGAGAACUUACAAUCCAAAAAAACCGCACAAGUGGGGCUACAAAAUGUAUAUAUUGUCUGGAGUGUCUGGAUUCACCUCCAACUUUGAGCUUUGUAGUAAUAAAGCAGAUCUGACUUUAGUGCCAGGAGAACCAAAUCUUGGAGCUGCUAGUAACAUUAUAGUACGUUUGUGUAGACCCAUUCCUCGAGACAUGAACCACAAAGUAUACUAUGAUAACUAUUUUUCCAGCUUAUACUUUUUGGCUUAUUUACAAAAGCUAGGAACACAAAGUGUUGCAACAGUUAGGUCAAAUCGCCUAAAAGGGCUAGAUAUUAUGUCAGAAAAGGACAUGAAAAAAAGAGGCCGCGGUGCCUAUAUUGAAAAAACUGCCACUGUUGACGGUGUGUCUAUCCAUGCUGUACAGUGGUAUGACAAUAGAAUAGUCUCCCUGAUUUCCACAUUUUCUGGAACGGAGCCAAUUACUAAAGCACGACGAUUUUUCAAAUCGGAAAAUUGCAAGGAGAUAGAACGCCCAGACAUAGUAGCAGUGUAUAACAUGCAUAUGGGUGGCGUCGACUUGCAAGAUUCUCUUCUGGGAUUGUAUCCCAUAAAACUAAAAAGCAAAAAAUGGUACUUACGAAUUUUUUUUCACAUGAUUGAUACUGUUAUUGUCAAUGCCUGGUUACUAUCAAGACGAAUUAACAGGCAACUAAAUAGAAAUGAAAAUGUAUCUCUUUUAGAGUUCAAAACAACCUUAGCUCAAGAUUUAUGUUGGGUUGGAAAAACCGCACAAAGGAAAAGGGGUCGACCAAGUGUCAAUUCUCCGCGUAACUCUCCCGUACCUAUUCCCCUAAACAGAAGAUGUCUGGAAAACAGACCUACCGAUGCAAUGAAAUUUGAUAAUUUCGGACACUGGUCGUCUUACACAGUGAAUCGGGAACGAUGCAAAAAGCCUCUAUGCAAAGGAAAAUCCAGAGUGAAAUGUGACAAAUGUUCUGUACACUUAUGCUUCAAUUCUACCAACAAUUGUUUUAAGGAAUUCCAUUGUAAUUGGAAGGUUUUGUCUCUUUUGGAAAUAUAUGUAUGUAUCCUUAAACGCACGAUGUUCCCAAUUGGGAACACAAAUUUUUUUUUAUGUUCUGAAUAA